AUGGCUCUGUCCCUGCCAGGGUACCUGCUCUUCCGGGACUUCGCAUUUAACCAGGCAGAGGAGGCCAAACCCCUGAUGGAGUUUUAUGAGGAGAUCAAGAAGUAUGAGAAGCUGGACUCGGAGGAGGAGCGAACCACCCGGAGCCGCCACAUCUUCGACCAUUACAUCAUGAAGGAGCUGCUGGCCUGCUCCCACCCCUUCUCCAGGAGUGCCACGGAGCAUGUCCAGAGCCGCCUGAGCAAGAAGCAGGUGCCCCCAGACCUCUUCCAGCCCUACAUUGAGGAGAUCUGCCAGAACCUGCGUGGGGGCAUCUUCCAGAAAUUCAUCGAGAGUGACAAGUUCACGCGGUUCUGCCAGUGGAAGAACGUGGAGCUGAACAUCCAUCUCACCAUGAACGACUUCAGCGUUCACCGAAUCAUCGGCCGCGGUGGUUUCGGGGAGGUCUACGGCUGCCGGAAAGCAGAUACAGGCAAAAUGUACGCCAUGAAGUGUUUGGACAAGAAACGCAUCAAGAUGAAGCAGGGCGAGACCCUGGCCCUCAACGAGCGUAUCAUGCUGUCCCUCGUCAGCACCGGGGACUGCCCAUUCAUCGUGUGCAUGUCAUACGCCUUCCACACACCCGACAAGCUCAGCUUCAUCCUUGACCUCAUGAACGGGGGAGACCUGCAUUAUCACCUGUCCCAGCACGGCGUCUUCUCGGAGGCGGAGAUGCGGUUCUACGCGGCUGAGAUCAUCCUGGGCCUGGAGCACAUGCACAGCCGCUUCGUGGUGUACCGCGACCUCAAGGCCAUCGAGCUGCCGGACUCCUUCUCCCCCGAGCUGCGCUCCCUGCUCGAGGGGCUGCUGCAGCGAGACGUCAACCGGCGGCUGGGCUGCAUGGGGCGCGGGGCUCAGGAGGUGAAGGAGGAGCCCUUCUUCAAGGGCCUGGACUGGCAGAUGGUUUUCCUGCAGAAGUACCCGCCGCCCCUGAUCCCACCCCGCGGUGAGGUGAACGCGGCCGACGCCUUCGACAUCGGCUCCUUCGAUGAGGAGGACACGAAGGGCAUCAAGCUGCUGGAGAGCGACCAGGAGCUCUACCGCAACUUCCCACUCACCAUCUCGGAGCGGUGGCAGCAGGAGGUGACAGAGACCGUCUUCGAAGCCGUCAACGCCGACACCGACAAGCUGGAGGCCCGCAAGAAGGCCAAGAACAAGCAGCUGGGCCACGAGGAGGAGUACGCCAUGGGCAAGGACUGCAUCAUGCACGGGUACAUGGCCAAGCUGGGCAACCCCUUCCUGACGCAGUGGCAGCGCCGCUACUUCUACCUCUUCCCCAACCGCCUCGAGUGGCGUGGGGAGGGCGAGUCGCCGCAGUCCCUGCUCACCAUGGAGGAGAUCGACUCGGUGGAGGAGACGCAGGUGAAGGAGCGCAAGUGCAUCCUGCUCCGCAUCCGCGGCGGCAAGCAGUUCGUGCUGCAGUGCGACAGCGACCCCGAGCUGGUGCAGUGGCGGAAGGAGCUGCGGGACGCCCAGCGCCAGGCCCAGCAGCUGCUGCAGCGGGUGCCGCGCAUGCAGAACAAGCCCCGCUCGCCCGUGGUGGAGCUCAGCAAAGUGCCGUUGAACAAGUCAGGGAUCUGGGGCUGGCGCUCGGAGAAGAUGGAGGUGGUCAGCGGCUACGAGGCCAAGGUGUACAGCGCCAGCAACGUGGAGCUGGUCACCAAGACGAGGACGGAGCACCUCUCCGACCAGGACAAGUCACGCAGCAAAGGUGACAGCCCCGUCGGUCAAUCAGGGAGCCCGCCCGCAGCACCCGUGCUGCAGGCUGCCAGCCCCACCAACCCCACCGCCAUCACCCCCGAGGAGUACUUCGACCCCCACUUCGACCUGGAGACCCGCAACAUCGGGCGCCCCAUCGAGAUGUCCAGCAAGGUGCAGAGGUUCAAGGCGACGCUGUGGCUGUGCGAGCAGCACCCGCUGUCGCUGGCGGAGCAGGUGACGCCCAUCAUCGACCUCAUGGCCAUCUCCAACGCCCACUUUGCCAAGCUGCGCGACUUCAUCACCCUCAAGCUUCCUCCCGGCUUCCCCGUCAAGAUCGAGAUCCCCCUCUUCCACGUGCUCAACGCCCGCAUCACCUUCAGCAACCUCUGCGGUGGCCACUUCAUGGUGUCGGAGCUGAACGCCGAGGCGGGAGCGGGGCUCGAGGAGCAGGAGGAGGCCGGGGCAGCCUCCCGGGUGGGCGGCAGCAGGGGUCAGGGGGUGCCGCCGGGACUGCGCCUGGCACCCGUGUCCCCGUCCCACGUCCCGCUGCUCAACACCACGUGGGGCUUCGGGGGCAACGCCCGCAGCCGGCGGUUCCUGCUGGGGCUGGUGCGGGCGCUGCCCAACGCCUGCCUGCUGGGACCCCGCGGGCGCCCCGUCUCCUGGAGCCUGCUGGACCCCCUGGGUUGCCUGAGCCACGGCUACACGCUGCCCGCCUGGCGCGGGCAGGGCCUGACCGGGGUGGUGCUGGGUGCCCUGGGCCGGGGGCUGCACGCCCGCGGCUUCCCCAUCUACUGCAGGGUGCUGCCCAGCAACACCUCCUCGCAGCGGGCCGUCC